GCUCCAUUUCUCAUCUAUCAAACGGAUGCAAACCAUCACCGAAGCUGCUCUGGCGUCGUCAUCUUCUUCAUCGAGGAGGUGGGAUUGUUGCCCACAAGUUCACGAAUGAGCCUACGCGGAAGAAUUCUUCUGCGAAGGAAUUUAAGAAGGCGAACUCUUGCUGCUUGCAGAGGUGAGAUUAGAGGAGUUCGGGGAUGGCAGGACGAGGGGUUUCGGAGCCAAUGGCGCGGGUCUUGUCUCGAGCUGUACGCAGCGUCUUGCAGCAGAGAAAUCAGGUGCAGGUGGAGGCUGGAGUUGUGCGCGCCCUGGGGGUGAACGCACAACAGCAGGACACUAGUGAUGCUGGUUUUUGGGCGAAGGGAUUGCGGGGGCUCGCACUUGUGGGCGCUGGGGCGACGGGGCUUUUAGGGCUCGCGAGUGUGGCCUAUGCCGAUGAGGCGGAACAUGGGCUUGCGGCUCCGCAGUACCCUUGGUCGCACAAUGGUGUUCUCAGCGGGUAUGACCAUGCUUCGAUUCGGCGCGGACACCAGGUUUUCCAGCAGGUGUGCGCGGCGUGCCAUAGUGCGUCGCUGGUGGCGUAUCGGGAUUUAAUCGGGGUGGCUUAUACCGAGGACGAGGUGAAGUGCUUGGCCGCAGAAGUGGAGGUCGAGGAUGGGCCCAACGAUGAAGGAGAGAUGUACAUGAGGCCUGGGAAACCCAGCGACCAUUUUCAGAACCCUUACCCUAAUGAAUCAGCUGCGAGAUUCGCUAACGGUGGGGCGUACCCUCCCGAUUUGAGUUUGAUCACCAAGGCUCGUCACGACGGGCAGAACUAUGUGUAUGCGUUGCUGCUGGGUUAUCGUGAACCUCCCGCUGGAGUUUCAGUGAGGGAGGGGUUGCAUUACAAUCCUUACUUCCCUGGGGGUGCCAUUGCGAUGCCUAAGAUGUUGACGGACGGGGGUGUGGAAUAUGAGGAUGGGACCCCGGCGACGGAAUCUCAGAUGGCGAAGGAUGUGGUAACAUUUUUGUCGUGGGCUGCUGAGCCGGAGAUGGACGAGCGGAAGCUGGCUGGAGCUAAGUGGAUCUUUGUGCUUUCGUUGGCAUUGCUUCAGGCCGCGUACUAUAAGAGGUUUAGGUGGGCUCCUAUCAAGUCGAGAAAGCUUGUGUUCGACGUGGUGAACUAGAAUAUGGGUGCGGACGAAAUUCUUUCUCUCGAGAUUUCUGACCAAGCACCGCUGUUUGUGAUGUUGGGACAUAAGGCUUCUUCUUGGACGAGUUUUUAGUUUAGGUUGGGGAUUGAAUGCGUCUGAUAUCUAGAUGGGUAUUAACCUUCUAUGCUGGGGUAUCAACAUGGAGGUUAGCUGAACUAAUUUGUCUGAUCCGCGAGGAGUCCAACAGAGUCCGUUAACAUUUGUUACGAUUGUGGCGAACGAUGAGUAAUUUGGCAAUAAUACUUCAGUUCACUUUUCGUGGAUUUUAGCGUA